UAAAAUUAUUUUAUUUUGCUUAUUUAAUUAAAAAUAUAAAAUAUUUUAAUUACAAAAAAAUAAAAAUAAAUAAUAUUAUAUUAAUUAAUAAAGGGAACCCUAUCAAUUAGUGGCGGCAAUAUAAUGAUAAGCUUUUUGGCUUGGGGGGAAUGAAAACCUUAAAAUUAAAAAUUCCCUCCUUACAGCCGCUACUGAUUCAUUCUCACUCAUGAUUCAUUCAGUUUUCAAUUUCUGUCCACUAUCAAAAGGAGAAGCUCCCACUAUCAAAUCCAAUCAGAAGCAAACAUCAUGGCUCGACGAUGCAAGUUGCGGAAAGGGAAUUCCAUCAAUAUUAACUUGGAAAAUGAGACUGAAAAUAAUGUUAACCAGAACUUUCAAGAAACUCAAGAGUUAUACCAAAAUCAGGCUUCAAAUUUUCAAGGGAAUACUAGUCAGAAGACAAUGAGGUAUCAUUAUGAAGGUCAUUUUAUAUUUUCACCAAAUAGAAUAUAUGAAAAUGGUAGGUUCAUGGAGAAACCUAAUUUUGAUGUUGAUUUCAUCUCAUUUUUUGAUAUAUUGGAUGACUUGAAAAAGGAUUGUGGAUUUGAUGUUAUAAAAGGAGAUAAAUUUUAUUACUUGAAGGCUGAUAAAUCUCUUAGUGAUCUUGAUGCAUUGAUAGAGGUUAAAGAUGAUACAGAUGUGAAAAAUAUGAUGGAUAGUUAUAAGAAGUUCCCUUCGAAACCCAUUGAUAUAUACACUCUAUUUCGAGAUUAUGAUAUUUUACCAAAUGGACUUGGUGACGAGCUACCCGCAGUUACUGUUGAUCACACUUCUAAUCAACUUCAAAAUCCAAAUGCAACUGCAGCAACAGGUUCCAAUAUAAUUAAAAGAAAAACUAGAGGACCAACACGAUGCUUGAAAAUCACACAAUUGGAGAAUGGACAAAAAUUGCCAGUAGAAUUUGAUGAAGAUGAUCAAGCUAUUGGUGAUAAUGCUACUGCAUUUGUUUGGUUUUUAGGACAAAUUAUUAGAAGUGUGUCGUGUUGUCCAUUGCAAGUGAAACAAUGGAAUAAGAUUACCGAUGAUAAGCUCGACCUUAUGUGGUCUACCAUAUUAGUACGAAAAUUUAUAUUAAAUUACAUCCAUUAUAAAAUGAUUAUAAUUUUUUUAGUUCUAUUAAGUAUCAUAAUAUUUAUUUCUUACUUCUUUCCUAAAAGGAAAGUUCACUUUUGAGUAUUCUGAUGCAAGAAAGGGAGCAAUUUUCGGUCAUAUGAAUGCAUUAUAUAGGAAUUAUAGGCAUAAGUUGAAGAAGUACUUUGAUUCAAAGGCAACUUAUUCACUUCGUCUCCGAAACAAGCCUAAGGAUAUGGAUGUAAAAGAUUGGAAGUAUUUGGUUAAUCUUUGGACAGAAAAUGCAUUUCAGAGAGAAGCAACAAAAAUAAGACAAAUAGAUGCAAGCGUUUUAUGCCGCCAUACACGGGGACAAAAAGCUUUGCUUGGCUGAGAGAUCAUAUG